AUGAGUAGUAAUAUCAAUCUGAAUAAAAAUCCGGACUCUUCUGUCUCUAUAUCCAAGAUGGAUGUGAUCAUCCCGUUUUCACCAGAUGUCCCCUGCGACAGCAAUGGUCAGCGCAUGUGGUGGGCUUUCCUCGCCUCAUCCAUGGUGACGUUCUUUGGGGGUCUCUUCAUCAUCCUCCUGUGGAGAACCCUCAAGUACCUGUGGACUGUCUGCUGCCACUGUAACAUCAAAAACAAGGAGGCUCAGAAGGUCAAUAACCCAGCAAACAGCCAGGUGGAUGGCCCAGCCAAGAGUCUGGAGGACAAGGAGGAGGCGCCGGCCAGCGAGGUGGGCUGGAUGACCUCCGUCAAAGACUGGGCCGGCGUGAUGAUCUCAGCCCAAACACUGACUGGCAGAGUCCUGGUUGUGUUGGUGUUUGCUCUCAGUAUUGGAGCCCUUGGAAUAUACUUUAUAGACUCAUCUGAUCCCAUAGAAUCCUGUCAGAAUUUCUACAAAGACUUCACGUUACAAAUCGACAUGGCGUUCAAUGUUUUUUUCUUGCUCUACUUUGGCCUGCGUUUCAUAGCAGCCAAUGAUAAGCUGUGGUUCUGGUUGGAGGUGAACUCAGUGGUGGAUUUCUUCACAGUGCCCCCUGUGUUUGUGUCUGUUUACCUUAACAGAAGCUGGCUAGGUUUGAGGUUUCUGAGAGCUUUGAGACUAAUACAGUUUUCGGAAAUUUUACAGUUUUUGAAUAUCUUAAAAACAAGUAAUUCCAUUAAGCUGGUGAACCUGUGCUCCAUCUUCAUCAGUACAUGGCUCACAGCUGCUGGAUUCAUUCAUCUGGUGGAAAACUCAGGAGAUCCUUGGGAAAACUUCCAGAAUUCCCAGUCGCUUUCAUACUGGGAAUGUGUGUACUUGCUUAUGGUGACAAUGUCCACGGUGGGCUACGGAGACGUCUGUGCGAGAACUACGUUAGGCCGUCUGUUCAUGGUCUUCUUCAUUCUGGGGGGACUGGCCAUGUUUGCCAGCUACGUCCCUGAAAUCAUAGAGUUAAUUGGAAAUCGUAAGAAAUACGGCGGUUCUUAUAGUGCCGUUAAUGGACGAAAGCAUAUUGUGGUCUGUGGUCACAUCACGCUCGAAAGUGUUUCCAACUUCCUCAAAGACUUCCUACACAAGGACAGGGAUGAUGUCAAUGUAGAAAUUGUUUUUCUUCAUAAUAUUUCCCCUAAUCUUGAGCUGGAAGCCUUGUUCAAACGUCACUUCACUCAGGUGGAAUUCUACCAAGGAUCUGUUCUCAACCCACACGACCUGGCCAGAGUUAAGAUUGAGUCGGCUGAUGCUUGUUUGAUCCUGGCCAACAAAUACUGUGCAGACCCAGAUGCUGAAGAUGCCUCCAAUAUAAUGAGGGUUAUAUCGAUCAAAAACUAUCAUCCAAAGAUCAGAAUUAUCACUCAAAUGUUGCAGUACCACAAUAAGGCCCACCUGUUAAACAUCCCCAGUUGGAACUGGAAGGAGGGGGAUGAUGCGAUCUGUCUGGCUGAGCUGAAGGCAGGGUUCAUCGCUCAGAGUUGUCUGGCACAGGGCCUCUCCACCAUGCUGGCCAACCUCUUCUCCAUGCGCUCCUUCAUCAAGAUUGAGGAGGACACCUGGCAGAAGUAUUACCUGGAGGGUGUGGCCAAUGAGAUGUACACGGAAUAUCUUUCCAGUGCCUUUGUCGGUCUCUCUUUCCCCAUGGUCUGUGAGCUGUGCUAUGUGAAGCUGAAAUUGUUGCUGAUUGCCAUCGAAUACAAAUCUGAACAAAGGGAAAGCAGCAUUCUGAUCAAUCCUGGGAAUCAUGUUAAGAUGCAGGAGGGAACGUUGGGAUUCUUUAUUGCCAGUGAUGCCAAAGAAGUAAAGAGAGCGUUUUACUACUGCAAAGCUUGUCACGAUGACAUCACAGAUCCGAAAAGGAUCAAAAAGUGUGGCUGCAAACGGCUCGUAUAUUUCGAAGACGAGCACCCGUCAACGCUGUCACCCAAAAAAAAGCAACGCAACGGAGGCAUGCGCAAUUCACCCAACUGCUCCCCAAAAGUGACGAGACACGACCCCCUGUUGAUCCCAGGGAACGAACAGAUUGAGAAUAUGGACAUGAAUGUGAAGAGGUAUGACUCCACAGGCAUGUUCCACUGGUGUCCCUCUAAAGACAUCGAGAAAGUCAUUCUGACUCGAAGCGAGGCCUCGAUGACGGUUCUGAGCGGGCAUGUAGUGGUCUGUAUAUUUGGAGAUGUCACGUCCGCUUUAGUGGGGCUGCGAAACUUGGUGAUGCCUUUGCGAGCUAGUAACUUCCACUAUCAUGAACUGAAACAUAUUGUGUUUGUGGGGUCAUUGGAUUAUCUAAGAAGAGAAUGGGAGACUCUCCACAACUUCCCCAAGGUCUCCAUCUUACCCGGUACACCGUUAAGUCGGGCUGAUUUAAGAGCUGUCAACAUCAACCUCUGCGAUAUGUGUGUCAUCCUCUCGGCCAAUCAGAACAAUAUUGACGACGCUUCGCUGCAGGAUAAAGAAUGCAUCCUGGCUUCCCUCAAUAUCAAGUCUAUGCAGUUUGAUGACAGCAUUGGAGUGUUACAGGCUAAUUCCCAAGGUUUCACGCCUCCUGGAAUGGACAGGUCAUCUCCAGACAACAGCCCAGUGCAUGGCCUGGUCCGGCAGGCAUCCGUCACCACUGGAGCCAACAUCCCCAUCAUCACAGAACUAGUGAACGACUCUAACGUUCAGUUUCUGGACCAAGACGAUGACGACGACCCAGACACGGAGCUGUAUUUGACCCAGCCGUUCGCCUGCGGUACAGCGUUUGCAGUCAGCGUGUUGGACUCCCUCAUGAGCGCCACAUACUUCAAUGAUAAUAUCCUCACGCUGAUCCGGACGCUGGUGACGGGGGGAGCCACUCCGGAGCUGGAGGCUCUCCUGGCGGAGGAGAACGCUCUAAGGGGGGGCUACAGCACGCCGCAGACGCUGGCGAACAGGGACAGGUGUCGGGUGGCACAGCUGGCGCUGUAUGACGGCCCGUUUGCAGACUUGGGGGAUGGGGGUUGCUAUGGAGACCUGUUUUGUAAAGCAUUAAAGACGUACAACAUGCUGUGCUUUGGGAUCUAUAGAUUACGGGAUGCACAUCUGAACACUCCCAGUCAGUGCACCAAGAGGUAUGUGAUCACAAACCCUCCGUAUGAGUUUGAGCUUGUGCCCACAGACCUGAUCUUCUGCCUGAUGCAGUUUGACCACAACGCCGGCCAGUCCAGGACCAGCCUGUCCCAUUCCUCCCAUUCUUCUCACACGUCCAGCAAAAAGAGCUCGUCUGCUCACUCCAUCCCCACAACCAACAGACCCAGCCGCAGCAAAGCCCGCGAGAGCCGCGAUAAACACAAUGCAUCAAGGAUGAAUAGAGUGAGCCAAGAAAAGAGAUGGUAUACAGAUGAAGGAGAAAACGCUUACCCACGGAACAUUCAAAUCAAGCCCAUGAGCACUCACAUGGCCAAUCAAAUCAAUCAGUACAAAUCCACUAGCAGCCUGAUUCCACCAAUCAGAGAAGUCGAGGAUGAAUGCUGA